AUAAUAAUAACAGAUAAAAUAUAACAGACCCUCCUGUUGCUUUUCUACUGUUUUCUAUAUUUUUAGAUACUUUUUAGCACAAGAAAUAUUUACGAAGUUUUGCAAUAGUUUGAUUCAUACUUUGUAUUGCGAUAGCAUGUGCUACCUUUUUACUGUGGAAUAAGUUCCAUUUUCCUUAGGGGUUAAAAUGAAAUUAUACUAAUUUAAUUGUUCAUAACUUACUUAAGUAUUGUGUGUAAAAUAUUCGCCGUAUAAGUUUUGUGACAAAUAUUUAUUUUUAUAGCCUAUAUGAAUUAAAUGUACAUAUUUAUAUAACAUUGAUUUAUAUUGCUACAAAGAAACGGGCCCUUUUGCUUUUGGGAGUCAAAUCACCUGAUUUUUACGCUUGCUCCGUUACUGGCUAACCGGAACCUUGUGCCAUUUGCCAAUCCUACUGGCACGUUAGCACACUCGAAUUUGUCCUCAAGAAUUAAUCAAUUUCAGUCAGAUUUGGAGAUAUCUCUGAUACUGUAAAAAUUGCACAUAAAUAUGUAUGACUAUAUUCGAAAAGGAAAUGCCUGCAUUGCUAAAUAUAAAAUGUCAAUAGAUGUCUUUGGUCUAUGAAAAUCUAAUAUGGCGAAAAUAGCAGAAGACCGUGGUUUAUAGUACCGUUAUUAGUGGUUAUUUAAAAAAGUUAUAAGUAAUUCCAAAGAAAACGAUCGAUGGCAGUGUCUUUACUUCGUAUUGGUAGACAAUUAUCUUGGUUGGGUCGUGCUAAAUACACCAAGGGAAGCACGUUCACGUUGUGUCAAAGAUUCAUCAUGACUACCCGGCCUAAACUUGAAAAGGUUUUAGAGAACUUGCAAAAGAAUCCGUAUUUUGAUAAAUAUUCUCAAAAAAUAGCUAAACUGCAAGAAACUAGUCCAGAGGAAUUCUUACAGAGGAUAGAAGAAAAGGAAAGAAAAAUCAAGGAGGAGAAAGUCAUGUUUCCUGCACUUAUACGGUAUCCUGUUCAAUAUCAAUGGCCGUUCAAAUCUUAUAUAUGGAAUUUGAAUCAAUUAUUGAAGCCUAAUAUGAGAAGAUGCUACAUUAAUUAUCCUUCAAAUAAUCAAUACGUGACUACACCAAUUUUCUACGUGAAUGCUGGACCUCAUAUAGGACAUCUUUACAGCGCCGUUCUUGCUGAUUCUGUAACUAGGUUUCAAUCCAUGCUUGGGUACACAACAUUUAUGAGCACGGGUACAGACGAACAUGGUAAUAAAGUUGAACGUGCUGCAAGAGAUGCUAAUCUUCCCAUUGACAAAUAUUGCACACAAAUUUCACAGAAAUUUCGAGAUAUGUGCGAUAAGUUUGAUGUUGGGUAUUCAGGCUAUAUAAGGACCACGGAAACCCGCCAUCGAGAUACUGUCCAUCAAUUUUGGAAUACCUUGAAGGCGGGAGGUCAUAUAUAUUUGGGAAAAUAUUCAGGAUGGUAUUGCGAAUCGGAUGAAGCGUUUCUAACGGAUUUAGACUUGACAGAGAAGAAAACAGCUUCUGGGGAAAUAAUUAAAGUAUCCAAUGAAUCUGGUCAUCCUGUAGAGUGGACUGAGGAAAAUAAUUACAAGUUUAGAUUAAGCAAUUUCCAAGAUGAUCUCAAGCAUUGGCUUAAGGAUGAAAAAGCAGUGCAACCGAGCAAGUAUCACAAGAUUUUAUUGAGUUGGAUAGAAGAUGGUGCUUGUUUAGAAGAUUUAAGUGUGUCCAGGCCUAGGCGUCGAGUUCCUUGGGGAAUUGCAGUGCCUCAGGAUGAUACUCAUAGUAUUUACGUCUGGCUAGAUGCGCUGGUUAAUUAUUUGACAGUCAUUGGAUAUCCAGAAGAGAGAUAUAAAAAGUUUUGGCCUCCAAGUGUUCAGGUAAUUGGAAAGGACAUAUUAAAAUUCCAUGGUGUGUAUUGGCCGGCAUUUUUAAUUGCUGCUGGUCUGGAACCGCCAAAGACUCUGCUUUGUCAUUCUCAUUGGACUGUGGAAAGUGAAAAAAUGUCAAAAUCAAAAGGAAACGUCGUAUCUCCGUUUGAAGCUGCUGCAACAUUUACAGAAGAUGGCUUGAGAUAUUUUCUUUUACGAGAAGCUGUACCUCAUAGUGAUGCAAACUACAGCGCUGUGAAAGUACAGAGAAUUGUAAACUCUGAACUGGCUGACACCUUGGGUAACUUAAUCAGCCGAUGCACAGGUAAAACUGUUAAUCCAACCAGAGAAAUACCAAAUCCAGCAGAAUGCAGUGACGUCCUCAAAUCAGAUUCAGCCAAGAGCUUGCUGCGUAAUCUUGAAACUUUGAAGGACACUGCAGAAAAGAGUUAUAAGGAGUAUAAUUUACACCAUGUAGUAGAUGCUGUAAUGAGUACCCUGCACAGUGCAAAUCAAAUGGUGGAUUAUCACAAACCAUGGCAAUUAAGAAAAGAAACAAAUAAUCCAGAAUCUAUAAAUCAACUUAAAGCAGUAAUAUCCCUUGCAUUAGAAGCAGCAAGAAUAAGUGGCCUAAUUCUGUAUCCAAUAGUACCAAAGAUGAGUAGCAAUUUGUUAGAUUACCUGUCUGUACCUCCUGAAAAUCGUACCUGGGAAGAUGCCAGAUCAAAGCAUUUAAAUGAUUCACCUAAUGAAUCAAGGCAACUCGGUCAAGGCAACACCAUAUUGUUUAGAAGGAUCAGGAAUUAAGGACCACCUCAUGAAAGACACACUUGGAAGUCUUAUGCUAAUAUAUUUACAGAGAACGAUCAUUCGAACAUACCUUUAGUAUACAUUAAUACUGGCGUACAGACUGGUCCGAUAAAAAAAGGUACGCUUACCUCGUAUAUAUAAUAUAUACGAGUGUUAUCUGCGAGAGAUCUAAUUCUCUAAACGCUUGCGCCACAUAUGCUCAUCGGAGCACUGUGUACGUUAACGUAUGAUUAGGUGUACUUAGACUCUCGUCGUUAAAGCAUUAGACAAUUUACCUGAUUAUCCUGACGCGCCCUUCUGUGUUGCUAUUCAAAUUUCAUCAAAAAUUUUUCACACGUCAUUUUUGUUAAACAAUUUUAUAUUCCGCCUCGUUCGAGUGGAUAUGUCAUGUACUGAAUCAACUUAGAUUAAUUGGGAGUGGUGAGUCUAUAUUUUGUAAUUACCACGUCUCUAAUUAGAGUAUUGCUCUGUAUGGAUUGCUUCCACGUAUCCCGCCAGAUAGAAAAAUAAAUAAAUGACUAUU